AUACCUUUCCCAGGGUGUGGGUCCACUUUCCCGUUCCCCACAGGCAGUCGCUGACCGCGACCUGUUAAGCAGCUGCUAGCAGUGAAAGACAGAGAGAGAGAGAGAGGAGAAGGAGGAGGAGGAGAGGCCGCCUGCUGAAUUAAAAGAUGUCGGAUGCCAACUACAACGUCAUCUGGGCCAUCAAGAACGGAGAUGUCGAGGCUGUAAAGAACUUCGUGGAACAGGGUAUUGAUGUGACCAAGUUAGAAGUAGCUGGUCGGAGGGCCAUUCACUUUGCAGCCGAUUGUGGUCAACUUGAGGUUCUGGAGUUUCUCAUUCGCCUGGGCGCUGAGAUUAAUGUUCCGGAUAUACAUGGUUACACAGCACUUCUGUCAGCAAUCUAUGAGGGACAUUUAGAAUGUGUGAAAUUCCUGUUAUCCAAGGGUGCAAAUAAAACGGGGAAGUGCCCUGAUGGAAUGAGCUAUUUGGAAGUUGCUGAAAGCCCUGAAAUGAAAGAACUUCUCAAGUGACGAUUGUCGUGCUUUACUGUGGCCUUGUGCUGCACCAUCUUGUUUCUUUUUCUUAAUUUUUUCUGCUUCCGAGUGCAUCUUUUAAUUCUAACUAAACAGACAAGUUUGUAGCAUGUUUUUGUACAGUUACAGACGUCUUGGUUAACGUAAAUAUCCGAGCUCUUGCACAGCGUACAAUGGACUGACUCUACGUCUCUCUAGGGAUAGUUCAACACAAAAAUAAAUUGCUGCAAUUCUUGAAGCAGAUCAUAUCACAGUUAUACUACAUAUGUCCAUCUUACUGAGUCACCUUUCCUCGAACUUGUUUUCAUACGUUGUGGACAGUGUGAAGCAGAUGUUCUUUUAAAUGAUUGUACCGAAAAGUUUUUCAGCAAAAGGUUAUUCUUGUGUUACCCACAAACAGUACUCUAAACUUAACAGAUCAUUUCUGAAAUUUGAAGAUUUUGGCAGUUGCGGUGCCUCACUGAUUUGAAGACACCUUCCAAAGUUUUGUUUCCCUUUUUGACUUUUGGGUAUUGAAUAUCAUGUAAACCAUAAUGAUUUGUGAAAGUUUUAUUAAAAGUUACAAUUCUAAGGAUGAUCAUGAUAACAAUUGGAUUGAGUGAACUAUCACUAUUCCUGUUGCAUAAUCAGUGACUUGAGAAAUCUGUUUUAAUAAAAUAAAGAUGUGUGUAAUCUG